UUUUCAGGAAGUGAUGUCGUCAUCCACCUUUUGAUAUAAAUACCUGUCUGUGGUCACCUCUCAGUAUCACUUUGAACUCUGAGAGGACCACAUUGUGCUGAACUUUUGCCUUGCUGUAAAGGACCAUUUCAAUGGAUACUGAGGAUGCUUAUGAUCUGUUUACUGACCAUAACCGAGAAUAUAACAGCAGUGCACUGAGUGACAGCAGUUCUAGUCUGGAAGACUCCAACUUUGAGAAAGCUAAAGAGCAGUUUAAAGCGUCAGAUUUGCAACCUAUUCCUAGCGCUGUAAAGGCUUCUGUGGAAAAUGUCUCUAAACCAGCUAUCUGCGAGAUGUGUGGAAUAAUUGGAACACGUGAUGCCUUCUUCUCAAAAACGAAGAGAUUCUGCAAUGUCUCCUGUUCACGCAGCUAUUCAUCCAACUCCAAGAAAGCCAGUAUUAUGGCUCGGCUGCAGGGAAAACCACCCACAAAGAAGGCGAAGGUACUGCACAAAGCUUCCUUAAAUGCCAAUUUUGGGGUAUUCCUGAAUUCUCAAGACACGGGGCAACUGGUGGAUCGAAGACUCACAGGACAGAAUGCUGUAGCUGUGGGCUUCGACUGGGGAAAAUACAUUAUUGAAGGCGAUUACCACGCAGCGCCUGUCAACUGCUUUAGACAUGUUCCUCUUUCUAACCAGUGGGAUGACAUUGAGGAUGGAAUCAAGGUGGAGAGCUUAAACACAGAUGCAGUACUUCCCAGCCGUGUAUAUUGGAUCUCAUCUGUUAUAAGAAUAGCAGGUUAUAAGGCUUUACUGCGCUAUGAAGGUUUUGAAGAUGAUUCGACAAAUAACUACUGGUGUAACCUGGGAAUUGUGGACAUACAUCCUAUAGGAUGGUGUGCUGUCAACCGCAAGAUCCUGGUACCUCCCCAGACUAUCCACACAAAAUAUAACAAUUGGAAAGAGUUCCUGAUGAAACAACUGAUUGGAUCAAAGACUAUUUCAGCAGAUUUCCAUGUUAAGUUGGCUGAGAACUUGAAGUGUCCAUUCGUGCAGUGUAUGCGGUUGGAAACUGUAGAUAAGCUACACAUAUCUCGCAUGCGGAUAGCUGUGGUUGAUACAGUAAUUGGAGGAAGGUUGAGACUCUUAUAUGAAGAUGGAGAGAGUACUGAUGACUUUUGGUGCCAUAUGAAUAGCCCAUUCAUUCAUCCAAUAGGCUGGUCACGUAGGGUUGGGCACAAAAUCAAAUCUUCAGGAGAAAAGAGAAACUCAACCUUCUACAAGGUAUACUGUGAUGCUGUACCACACCUUUUUAAACAGGUAAGAGUUACAUAUCCAAAAGGUGUUUGUUUUGAAGAAGGAAUGAAAUUGGAAGCUAUUGAUCCUCUGAACCUCGGCAACAUAUGCGUAGCCACUGUGUGCAAGGUUCUACUAGAAGGAUAUUUGAUGGUGGGCAUGGACAGUGCGCCUUCUGUUGAUGGGUCAGACUGGUUUUGUUAUCAUACGUCAGAAUGGUUUUGUUAUCAUGCAACAUCAAGGUCCAUAUUUCCCAUAGGAUUCUGUGAAAAGAACAACAUUGAACUGACGCCUCCAAAGGGCUAUACCACAGAACAGUUUUCUUGGGGAAAUUAUAUGGAGAAAACAAAUUCCAAGGCAGCACCUACACUAUUAUUUAACAAUGACUGCCCCAACCAUGGCUUUAAACCAGGUAUGAAGCUGGAAGCUGUGGAUUUGAUGGAACCCCGCCUCGUUUGUGUAGCCACAGUGAAACGUGUGGUGCAGCGACUUCUUAGGAUACAUUUCGACGGCUGGGAUGAUGAGUAUGACCAGUGGGUGGACAUUGAAUCCCCUGACAUCUACCCAGUAGGUUGGUGUGAAUUGACAGGGUACCAGCUUCAACCACCUGUUGAUGAAGGAGAACCAGAAGAGUUUAACAAACCUAAAGAAAGCAAAAAAAAGAAAGUAACAUUUGGAAAGAAACGAAGGAAAUAUCACAGGAAAGCUUUACAGAAAACUGGACAUGUCUUGGACGGGGAUGGUACAUCAGCGCUUACUGACUCUGUAAAAAAAAAAAAGAAAUAUGUAAAGAAGUCUGGUAAGAAAACAGAUGAUGUCAACAGAGCGCCUGAAGAAUUGGGCAUUAUUGCUGUGCAAGUAAAAGAAGAACAGAUAGACCACUUUGAGCCUGGAGAAUCAAACAUGCGGGUUGUGAACAUGGACAUCAAGGAUGAGAAUAAAAAGUAAGACACUAGUAGUGUCUGGCUGAAUACGUCUAAGUACCUUCAUUUCAUGUCCAAGCUUCACUCAGCAUUAACCAGAAAAAGAAAACUGUUUAGUAAAUACUGAAUUUGUUAAAUACCGUCUCCCUUUUUUAUUUUUGUAGAAACUUAAAUAUAUACACCCUGAGUUACCUAACAUUUUUGACAAGAUAAAACUCCUUAAAUAUUUGCUAUACUAUAAUGCAGCUUACAUAUAAAACCUGCGAUAGCCUAAUCCAGUGGUUCCCAAAUGCCGUUAUCCGUGUUUGUGCACAGAUGGUAUAAUCAAACUGACUAACUGAGGUACUAAUUAAGUCACCUGUGCAUUAGCAUAGAUUAACACCUGGCCUGUUAGGGUGCCUUGAGGACCGCAUUUGGGAAACAGUGGCCUAAUCUAUUUUAAAAUGUCUACUUGGUUCUCCCAAAUAAUCUGCGACAAUCAUAUUCUAUUGUGGUACAAUGGCAACCACCGUCCCCUGGACAGUAUGAUGGUGAAUAUUUUCUUAAGUUUUGCUGCCAGAGAGAAUAUCACUUACGUUUUGUUGCCAAUGGGGGUUAUUCAAAGUUCGUAGCAGUGUUUGCUAAUUUAGCAAAAGCUGCUACAGAUAAACUCGCAUGAUGGGGCCACCCAGCUCAGGGCAAGGCAUGUGUAGCACCGCCCAGCGAUGCGAUCGCUUUGCAGAAUUGGGACUUAGAGGUAGACCCCCUGCAUACGCAGCCAGGCUGCCUGUACAGGUGGUGCGGCGCCAUGUUUCGCAUGGAACACAGGUUACAUCAUCGAGCCACCCUGAAAACGCCCAUGACAUGCCUGUGUUUCCUGCUCCACUCCCCCCCCCCCAACGCAGCGUCACCACCUCUGACCGCCUGCCGCCUGUCAGUCACAAUGCAAUUUCAUGCUUCCAGGAUGCCAUUGCAUUGUGAAGGGUCACACACGCACAAUGCAAUUGCUACACAUGCGCAGAUGGGCGAUAAGUGUCUGUCUGCAUUUUUAGCAAGACAGCGAUCAGGUCUGAAUAAUCCCCAUUGUCAGCAGUAUCUUUACAGUGAUAUCAGGGACUUCAAACUACCAGUAUCAUGUAUCAGAAAAGCAUUCAAAUCUUCUCAGAAGUCUUAAUUACGUCUCAGUAAAUGUUUAAAUUAUCAAGCUGUGGACUAUUCAUUAAAUAUACAUUUCUUAUAAAAGGAUGUGUGUUUCAUAUAUUUUUAUAUUUCAUUUCAAAUAAAUUGUAAAAACAAAA